ACGUUUGAAACAGUUUACUGAUAAUUUCAAAUAAUUAAUCUACUUGUCAAAAUUAACUGCUAAUGUUUAAAUGUAUCAUCUUUGGUUACAGUAAGUAAUUAUGUAUUAACAAUGGGCAAUUUUGCAGGUUUGUUUAAUAAUUUGAACUUACGUUUGAAAACGAUUUUUUAAAGCAUGCGCAUAACUUCUCUUUAUCCCUCUCUAUUCACUUUGGGGAAUUUUAAGCGGUGUCAGGAAGAACCUUACGCCAUUCUAUAUUUACGAUUUUUACUGAAUUGUUAUACGUUUUAUCUAUUUUCUUGUAGCCCGUCCAAAAAAGCGACGAAUAAUGACAACAGUGAGUCCCGUGGUAAUAGCAGCUACAGCUAGACAUACAGCAACACUUAUAUUUUUUCAUGGAUUAGGUGAUACAGGACAUGGUUGGGCUAGUUCAAUGGGUGCAGUGAGAUCUCCUCAUAUUAAAGUUAUUUGUCCAACUGCGCCUAUAAUGCCAGUAACGUUAAAUGCAGGAUUUAGAAUGCCUUCUUGGUUUGAUUUACGAUCUUUGGAGCCAAGUGGGCCUGAAGAUGAAGAAGGCAUUCGUAGAGCUGCUGAAAUGGUACAUUCCUUAAUUGCACAAGAAGUUGCAGCUGGAAUACCUACAAAACGCAUUUUUUUGGGUGGUUUCAGUCAGGGUGGUGCACUUGCUAUAUAUAGUGCUCUUACAUUUCCAGAACCUUUAGCUGGUAUCAUAGCUCUAUCAGCUUGGCUUCCAUUACAUCAAAAAUUCCCUGCUGAAGCAAUAGGAAAUAAGAAUACUCCACUGCUACAAUGUCAUGGUGAUUGUGAUCCUAUAGUGCCAUAUAGAUGGGGUCAAUUAACUGCAUCUGUUCUCAAACAAUUUAUGACUCAAACAGAAUUUAAAACAUAUGGAGGAAUGAUGCAUACAUCUUGUGAUGAGGAAAUGCGCGACAUGAAGGAAUUCAUCAAAAGAGUUUUGAAGCCGUAAUAGUUAUAUUGAAUAUAUAUUAAUGUUUUAAAUAUUAAUCUUAUUACUUUAUUGUUCUUUAUUAAAAAUUCAUUACUUCCAAUUUUACUGCUACUUAAUUCUAGCGCUUGAUGAAGUAAAGACAGCAGUAGGUGAAAAUGUUUAAAAUCGUGAAAAAAAAAACUGAUAAUGUUAGUAAUGAACUAUUCUUUGGAAUAAAUACUUAUUGUUUUCUGUUAUCAUGUAUGUACAUUAUAAUGAAUUUUUUCCAUUUCAAGAUACCAAAGCUGCUACUAUGAUACUUCCAGAUUUUACUUUUAUAAUACAUAUUAGCAUUUUUUGAUAUUUGUGUACCUUAUUCUGACUGCUUUAUUAUAUGGGGAAGGUAAUAGUACUAGAAAGUAAGAUAUUACCUUACAUGCAUUUUUUUAAUAGAAUUUUAAGUAGUUACUUUGGUAUUAUGAUUAAUAGAGUACAAUGAAAUAACUAUGAAUUAAUAAGUUAAGUAGAAUGAAUUGUUUAACAAAUGACUUAUUUUAAACAAAAUUAUCAUUUUGUAAUAGACAUACUAAUUUUGUUUGGACUUCCCGUGAACGUUUUGAAUGCUAGUAUAUUUAAAUAAAAAUCAUUAUUUAUA